GCUGUUGAAGUGUCUAUCUGGACCGUCCAUCUGUUGUUUUAUUUUGAAGGUAAGGCCCGGAUGUGCUGCUGUUAAUCCCAUGGCGGUCACGUCCUAGCCAUUGACGUGUCUUAUCUGGACAGUCCAUCGGUUUUGUUGUGGUUCCGCUGCGGGUCUCUACCGGGUCACAGGGCUCUGCCGCCGGCAUGCGGGAACAUUUUCCGCCGGGAACAAGGCGCUGCUGACGGCCUGCUUGUCUAGCGUGCUGCGUUAAUCUGCUUUUGGACUGGAAGCAGCAAGAACCGGAUGAAGUGUAAAGUGUCAGCAGGUGCAUGUGUGGGGGAGGGGCGGUGACCUUUCCCACUUGUGUCCAGACUCCAGAUCUCCAUCAUCAUGGCCGACAAGACGGCACCACGCUGCCAGCUGAGGCUGGAGUGGGUGCACGGCUACCGGGGUCACCAGUGCCGCAAUAACCUCUUCUACACGGCCGGCAAGGAGCUGGUCUACUUUGUGGCCGGGGUGGGCGUGGUCUACAACGCCAGAGAACACGCCCAGAAGUUCUACCUGGGCCACGACGAUGACAUCAUCAGCCUGGCGCUCCAUCCCGACAAAGUCCAGGUGGCCACGGGUCAGGUGGGCAAGGAGCCCUACAUCUGCGUGUGGGACACCUACGCCAUGCAGACCGUCUCCAUCCUAAGAGACCUGCACACGCACGGCGUGGCCUGUCUGGCUUUUGACGCCGACGGACAGCGACUGGCCUCGGUGGGACUGGACGCCAAGAACACCUUGUGUGUGUGGGACUGGAGGGGCGGACGAGUCCUCGCCACGGCGACCGGCCACUCGGACAGAAUCUUUGAUGUGGCCUGGGAUCCACUUGUGUCCGGUCGAUUGGUCAGCUGUGGCGUCAAACACAUCAAGUUCUGGACUCUGUGUGGAAACGCUCUGACGCCCAAGAGGGGAAUCUUCGGGAAGGCUGGUGACCUUCAGACCAUCUUGUGUGUGGCCACCGCCAAGGAGCAGACCACCUACUCAGGCGCGCUCAAUGGCGACGUGUACGUGUGGCGCGGAAUCUCCCUGGUCAGGACCAUCCAGGCGGCACACGGAGCGGGAAUCUUCAGCAUGCACGCCUGUGAAGAAGGUUUCGCCACUGGAGGACGAGACGGUUGUGUGCGACUGUGGGACGUCGACUUCAAGCCCAUCACCAAAAUCGAUCUUCGAGAAGCCGAGCAGGGAUACAAAGGUCUGUCCAUCCGUAGCGUCUGCUGGAAGGCUGACCGCAUCCUGGCAGGCACACAGGACAGCGAGAUUUUCGAGGUCAUGGUCCGGGACCGGGACAAACCGGUUCUGCUGAUGCAAGGUCACAGCGAGGGGGAACUGUGGGCACUGGACCUUCAUCCCAAGCAGCCAGUCGCUGCGACUGGGAGCGAUGACCGCUCUGUCAGGCUCUGGAGUCUGCCGGACCGAACCCUGCUGGCUCGCUGUAACAUGGAAGAAUCGGUACGCAGCGUUUCCUUCAACAACGACGGAUCUCAGCUGGCUCUGGGAAUGAAGGAUGGCUCCUUCACGGUCCUGCGAGUCAGGGACAUGACGGAGGUGGUGCACAUUAAGGACAGGAAGGAGGUGAUACACGAGCUCAAGUUCUCGCCAGAUGGCUCCUUGUUGGCGGUGGGCUCCAAUGAUGGUGUGGUGGACGUCUACGCUGUCGCCCAACGCUUUAAAAAAGUGGGCGAGUGCGGCCACUCCACCUCCUUCAUCACACACCUGGACUGGUCCGUGGACUCCCGUUUCCUGCAGACUAACGACGGCGCCGGAGAGCGCCUCUUUUUCCGGAUGCCAGGUAAAGUGCUGUCCAAAGAAGAGGCCAAGGGUAUCCACUGGAUGACGUGGACGGGUGUUCUGGGGCCAGAGGUUAACAGCAUCUGGCCUAAAUACUCCAACGUCACCACCGUCAACUCUGUGGACGCCAACUACAGCAGCGCCGUGCUGGUGACGGGCGAUGACCUCGGCCUCGUAAAACUCUUCAGGUUCCCGUGUCUCAAGAAAGGUGCCAAGUUCAAGAAGUACAUCGGCCAUUCUGCACAUGUGACCAACGUGCGAUGGUCUAAGGACCUUCAGUGGGUCGUCAGCACCGGCGGGGCCGAUCACGCCGUCUUCCAGUGGCGCUUCCUGCCUGAGGGUGUCAUGAACGGUGUCCUGGAACCCCUCCUCCAAGAGGGUUACGCCGACUCCAACAGCGGCGACUCAGACUCGGACGUGUCCGACGUGCCAGAGAUCGACUCGGACAUCGAGCAGGAAUCUCAGCACAACUACGAGCGUCAGGUGUACAAGGACGACCUCCCGCAGCUGAGGAGGAAGCUGAUUGGUUCUCUGAAGAGGCAGAAAGCGCCGGAGGAGGGGCUCCACCUGCAAUUUGUUCAUGGGUACCGUGGCUUCGACUGCCGUAACAACCUGUUCUACAGCCAGAGUGGGGAGGUGGUCUACCAUGUGGCUGCUGUGGCUGUGGUCUACAACCGCCUGCAACACAGUCAGAGGUUCUAUCAGGGCCACGACGACGACAUCCUCAGCCUCACCGUGCACCCGCUGAAAGACUACGCCGCCACAGGCCAGGUGGGCCGGGACCCGGCCGUCCACGUCUGGGACAUCCCCACUCUCAAAUGCCUGUCGCUGCUCAAAGGUCACCACAGCAAAGGAGUUAGUGCGCUGGACUUCACGGCCGACGGAAAGAGUCUGGUGUCUGUGGGAAUGGACGACUUUCACUCCAUCGUCAUCUGGGACUGGAAGAAAGGUGAACGACUGGCUAAGAGCAGGGGCCACAAGGACAAGAUCUUUGUGGUGAAGAGCAACCCCUUCAGGAUGGACAAGCUGGUGACCUUGGGGAUGAAACACAUCAAGUUCUGGCAGCACUCAGGAGGCGGUCUGACAUUCAAACGUGGAAUUUGCGGGAACCUGGGCAAGCAGGAGACCAUGAUGUCUGCAUGUUACGGUCGCUCCGAGGACUUUGUCUUCUCGGGCGCCACCAACGGUGACGUUUACAUCUGGAGAGAAACCACGCUUGUGAAGACGGUCAAGGCCCACGACGGUCCCGUGUUCACCAUGUGCUCCCUGGAUAAGGGUUUCGUGACGGGCGGGAAGGACGGUGUGGUGGAACUCUGGGAUGACAUGUUCGAAAGAUGUCUGAAGACCUACGCUAUCAAGAGGGCGCUCCUGUCGCCGUCCUCCAAAGGACUGCUGCUGGAAGACAACCCGUCCAUCAGAGCCAUCACUCUGGGUCACGGCCAUAUCCUGGUGGGGACCAAGAACGGAGAAGUUCUGGAGAUCGACAAGAGCGGUCCGAUGACGCUGCUGGUCCAGGGCCACAUGGAGGGCGAGGUCUGGGGUUUAGCCGCUCACCCGCUACUUCCUGUCUGCGCCACCGUCGGCGACGACAAAACGCUGAGAAUGUGGGAACUUUCUGCCAACCACCGCAUGGUUGCCGUGCGCAAGCUCAAAAAAGGUAUGGUGGGACAAAUGGCCGCCAUUCUUUUUGAGACUUGUGACCUUUGUGCGGCAGGUGGACGCUGCUGCGCCUUUUCUCCGGACGGCAAAGCGCUGGCGGUGGGUCUGAAUGACGGCAGCUUCCUGGUGGUCAACGCCGACACCUUGGAGGACAUGGUGACAUUCCACCACCGGAGGGAGCUCGUCUCCGACAUCCGCUUCUCCCAAGACGCAGGGAAGUACCUGGCCGUGGCGUCCCAGGAUUCCUUCGUGGACAUCUACAACGUGCUGACCAGCAAGAGAGUCGGCAUCUGCAAAGGAAUCAGAAGCUUCGUCACGCACGUGGACUGGGACUCUCGAGGAAAACUUCUGCAGGUCAACACGGGAAGCAAGGAGCAACUGUUUUUUGAGGCUCCUCGAGGACGCAGACAGAGCAUCAGCGCUGUGGAGUUUGACAAGCUGGACUGGGCCAGCUGGACUUCGGUUCUGGGUCCCAGCUGUCAGGGAAUUUGGCCAACAUACGGUUUUGUGAAUGCCGCAUCGCGCACCAAGGACGGUAAAGUGCUCGCCACCGGGGACGACUUCGGCUUCCUGAAACUCUUCAGUUUCCCCUGCAGGGGUCAGUUUGCCAGGUCCAAGAAGUACGUGGCCCACAGCGCCAACGUGACCAACGUGCGCUGGGCCAAUGACGACGCCACGCUGCUGUCUGUGGGCGGAGCCGACACAGCGCUGAUGAUCUGGACCAGAGAGGCGGGUCACAAGGAGAACAAGGCGGUGGACAGUGAAGAAUCUGACGAUGACGUGGAGGAAGACGGAGGCUACGACAGCGACGUGGCACGGGAGAAGGCGGUGGACUACGUGACCAAGGUCUACUCUGCCAGCAUUAGAAAGAUGACGGGAACUAAACCUCACCUGCAGCACAAGGAACUUCCUGUCGACGAAAGACCUGUGGUGAGUCGAGCAACACCACUGCCUGAGAAACUUGCCAAGAGCAACGUGAUCAAGACAAAGAAAGCGGUAGAAGAACUGCAGCUGGAACACGUGUUUGGCUACCGAGGCUUCGACUGUCGCAACAACCUGCAUUACCUCAACGAGGGCGCCGACAUGGUCUUCCACACGGCGGCCGCCGUGGUGAUCCAGAACCUUUCUUCCGGAAGGCAAAGUUUUUACCUGGAGCACACGGACGACAUCCUGUGCCUGACCGUCAACCAGCACCCCAAGUACCACAACGUCAUCGCCACGGGACAGAUGGGUGACAUCACGGACCUGCCAGGCUUUGCACCCUGCAUCCACGUGUGGGACGCCACCACCAAGCAGACCCUGUCCAUCCUGCGCUGUUCCCACGCUAAAGGUGUGGGCUACGUCAACUUUAGCGCCACCGGCAAACUUCUGCUGUCUGUGGGGGUGGAGCCUGAACAUGUGAUCACGGUGUGGCGCUGGCAGGAAGGUACCAGGAUCACCAGCACAGGCGGCCACCCCGAGCGCAUCUUUGUGGUGGAGUUCAGACCUGACUCGGACACACACUUUGUGUCGGUGGGAAUCAAACACAUCAAGUUCUGGACUCUGGUGGGAGGCUCCCUUCUGUACAAGAAAGGUGUGGUGGGCUCGGUGGAGGACGGACGCACGCAGACCAUGUUGUCCGUGGCCUUUGGCGCUAACCAGCUGACCUUUAGUGGCGCCAUCAAUGGGGACGUGUACGUGUGGAGAGAACACUUCCUGGUCCGGGUGGUGGCCAAGGCACACGGUGGUCCGGUGUUCAGCAUGUACACCACGCUGCGGGACGGACUCAUCGUCACCGGUGGAAAGGAACGUCCGACCAAGGAAGGCGGUGCGGUCAAACUGUGGGACCAGGAGAUGAAGCGAUGUCGAGCCUUCCAGUUGGAGAGCGGCCAGCCGGUGGAGAACGUGCGAUCUGUCUGCAGGGCCAAGGGUAAGAUCUUGGUGGGAACCAAAGACGGAGAGAUCCUGGAGGUGGGAGAGAAGAACGCCGCCUCCAACACCAUGAUCAAUGGACACACCCAAGGAAGCAUCUGGGGUCUGUCUGCUCACCCUUUCAAAGACGUCUUCAUCUCCGCCAGCGAUGACGGGAGCGUCCGCAUCUGGGACCUGGCCGACAAGAAACUGCUGAACAAGGUGACGCUGGGACAUCCUGCCAAGUGCGUGUCCUACAGUCCCAACGGGGACAUGGUGUCCAUCGGCAUGGACAACGGAGAGUUCAUCAUCCUGUCGGUCAACUCACUCAGCGUGUGGAGCAAGAAGAGAGACCGCAGUGUGGCCAUCCAGGAUGUUCGUUUCAGUCCAGAUAGUCGCCUUCUUGCUGUGGGUUCUCUUGAAGGCGCUGUGGACUUCUAUGACCUGUCUCUGGGACCGUCUCUCAACCGCAUCGGUUCCUGCAAGGACAUCCCGGGCUCGGUCCUCCAGAUGGACUUCUCUGCCGACAGCAAACACAUUCAGGUGUCCAGCAGCACCUACACUCGACAGGUCCACCAGGUUCCUUCAGGGAAGAUUGUGGCUGAGCCCUCCACCAUUGACAGGAUCACCUGGGCCACCUGGACCAGCAUCAUGGCCGAGGAGGUUCUGGGAGUUUGGCCUCGGAACGCCGACAAGGCGGAUGUCAACUGUGCCUGCGUGUCGCACGCCGGCCUCAACCUGGUGACCGGAGACGACUUUGGCCUCAUCAAGCUCUUCGACUUCCCGUGCUCCGACAAAUUUGCCAAGCACAAGCGCUACUUUGCUCACUCGGCUCACGUCACCAACGUCAGGUUCUCCUGCGACGACAAGUUUCUCAUCAGCGCCGGCGGGAGCGACUGCAGUCUGCUGGUGUGGAAAUGUCAAUGAAGUAUUUUACGUUAGCUUCCUUCCUGUCUUUUACGUUAGCUUGCUUCCUGUCUUUUACGUCAGCUUGCUUCCUGCCUUUUAUGUUAGCUUGCUUCCUGUCUUUUACGUUAGCUUCCUUGCUGUCUUUUACGUUAGCUUCCUUCCUGUCUUUUACGUUAGCUUCCUUCCUGUCUUUUACGUUAGCUUGCUUCCUGUCUUUUACGUUAGCUUGGUUCCUGUCUUUUACGUUAGCUUGGUUCCUGUCUUUUACGUUAGCUUCCUUCCUGUCUUUUACGUUAGCUUGGUUCCUGCCUCGCCGCUCUGAGGUUACGCUUAUAGCAGCACAACAUCUACACCUACAGAUGUGAUAAUAUGUAGAUGUGAUAACAUCUGUAUAAAGUAUUUUACGUUAGCAUGUUUCUGGACUGCGACCAAACCAGACCAUUGCUCCAAAGCAGGACUUUGUUGUUUACCCAAACUCAUCCACACCAAGGACUUCUACCUCAAAGUCAUAUUGAAGGGCCACAAUUCAUGGUAGAAAUACUUUUGGAUGGUUACCAUAGCAACAGUCUUUUUGACAAAUACUAUUAUUGUAUGAGAGAGGCUAGAAUAGAUGGCAUGUGUAUUUUGUCUCCUGCUUGCAUGUUAGCUAAUGAUCUUUUCUCCCAGUGUUGGUUAUUGUCAUAUUUAUUUACACCUUACCAGCCUAGUUUAGCACAAGCAGCGAGCUAAGUCCUCAGAUAGUACUGCAUUCUAAGUGGACUACAAGUCCUCAGAUAGUACUGCAUUCUAAGUGGACUACAAGUCCUCAGAUAGUACUGCAUUCUAAGUGGACUACAAGUCCUCAGAUAGUACUUGUUGCGUUUGACCAGAUGUUCCUCCAAGUGGGAUGUAAAACGCUGGUCAGUCCCAAGUUCCUGAGAUGACAUAUAAACUGAACUCAAAGGUACCACCAAGCACAGUAUAGGUAUUUUGUAAUUUAUUGUCAAAUAUUUGAGAAUAGAGACCAGCCUCGAACAACACAUACAAAUGCGUAGCCCAAGUUGAUCUGGCAUUCCAAAGGAAAAAGCAACUCUUUUCACACAAAGAAAGCCCCCCCCCCCCCCCCCCCUCCUCUCAACACUGAUAAGAAGAGAGACUUGGGGGUUGUGUUCACAUUCCUGAUGGUUUACGACCCUGUCUAAACAGGCAAUCUGAAGACAAAGAGAAACUGGUAUACAGAGUAUACAUGGAAAAAUAUGAGCUGAUUCAAACAUGAUUAUGAAUAAAGAAAUAACUCUUAAACAUAUGCAUUAUCCACAUACUGCAUUCUAAGUGGACUACAAGUCCUCAGAUAGUACUGCAUUCUAAGUGGACUACAAGUCCUCAGAUAGUACUUCAUUCUAAGUGGACUACAAGUCCUCAGAUAGUACUGCAUUCUAAGUGGACUACAAGUCCUCAGAUAGUACUGCAUUCUAAGUGGACUACAAGUCCUCAGAUAGUACUGUAUUGUAUUUGUCAUCACUGUGUUUCAACAAUGUUUACACAAAUAAUAAUAAAAGUACUUUUUACAAUAUGGUGAGAAAUAUAUAUUGUGUGUGUUCUAUAGUCAUUCAAAAAAUCUAAACUUGGAAACAAAUGUUGGUGAAUAAAGAUGUUUAUUAUGAGCCGACUGUUAUAAUUUAAAUUAUUAUGAGCUGAUUGUUAUAAUUUUGGUGAAUAAAGAUGUUUAUUAUGA